AAUUCGACUAUGGAGUCAACAUCUUUUGUUUGUUACUUGGCUUUGUUUUGGCUGUUUGUCUGAGCUUUAAAAAGAAAAAUGUACAAAAUGGAUCGACUUUCUCGACAGUUGUCAUUUAAAUCGAUUCUUGUUUUUGGUUUUUGUUCCUGUUGCGUCAUCGCGUUUGUCAACUUUUCAAUUCAAUUGUUGACUGGAACUGUUGCCAAAUUCGAUCCAGUAAUCCAGUCAUCGAAUUUUAAUAAAACUGCCAAUGCUGUCGACGAUAGAGGGCCCGAUCUGUACGAAAAGGUGCGGGUUUUGUGCUGGAUCAUGACGUCACCCAACCAUCACCAAACAAAAGCUCUAGCCGUCAAGGAAACGUGGGGCAAACGGUGCAACAUUCUACUAUUUAUGAGCUCGGCAUAUGAUUCCAAAUUGCCGACAGUCCAAUUGGGCGUGAAAGAAGGGCGGAACAGACUCUGGGGAAAGACGCGGGAGUCAUUCCGCUACGCCUGGAAUCGAUACCAAGACAAAGUCGACUGGUUUCUCAAAGCCGAUGAUGACACGUACGUCGUCUUGGAAAACCUGCGAUAUUUCCUGACGCCCUACAACACGUCGAAGCCCUUGUGGUUCGGUCACAAGUACAAAUCAGAUGUGAAAUCUGGAUAUUUCAGCGGCGGGGCUGGUUACGUGCUGAGUAAAGAAGCCACCAGGAGAUUCGUCAAAGAUGGAUAUUAUAACGCAUUGAUUUGUCGACACGACCACCAAGGAGCGGAAGAUUUAGAAAUGGGGAAGUGCAUGGAAAAUUUAAAUGUUUCCACCAUGGAUACGCGGGACUCGAAAGGGCGGGGAAGGUUCUUUCCGUUCAGUCCGGAUCUGCACUACUUCCCUAAUGAGAUCCCGCAGGAUUCUUGGUACUGGCGAAACAUUUAUUACCCACCUCCGACCAAGGGAAGCGAUUGCUGCUCAGAUAGCGCCAUUUCCUUCCACUACGUCAGUGCCCGGCAGAUGCGCAUAUUAGAGUACUUGAUUUAUCAACUUCGGCCUUUCGGAAUUCCGGCUGACGGACGGCCCGCCAUGCCUGAUCCACCGCCAGAUUCAAAUCUGACUGCCACUCCGUGGUUCGCUUCUAAUAACGAAACCACAAUUGAUCCCACAACUAAUAAUACAAGUUCAAUGGAAUAUGACGACAAUGAUGGAACGAGUCAAACGGAUGAGAUUUCACAAGAGGACUCUAAAUUUACUGCCGAAACCAGACUACAGUUACACAAUCCGGUAAGACAGGUCGCUUCCAUGUUCGGGUUACCAAGACGUUUAUUUUCUCCAGCCAAAACAGCCAAAAGGUUAUGAUGGGUGAGCGGUAACACAAGAACCGAUACUAUAAACUGCCAUCGGGCCAUCGGGGGGUUUAUAAAUAAAUCUGUUAAUGUGAGACGUGGCAUCCAUGGCCGGAAUCAUCGAUUUCUAAUACAUAUCCGACGCGACUGAA